GCCAGACGACAUUGCCUGGAGCACGGUCGUUCUUUUCAUUCCUAGAAGCGCCGACUGCAGUUGCCACAACGCCCAUUAAUCCAACCUUCCAACUCGAGGCCAUCUAUCUUACUUGACGACACCAAAAGUCGCAUUUUUUUUUUCUGCGAAAACGCUGCAGCGCCACAUCCUUGAGCUCGCCGCCCUGUUGAACCAACCCAUCUCAGCCAAACCAACCUUCUCAAACCGACCGCUUUGUUUUACCAGACGCCUCUUUGACCUUCAGAAGCCGAAGCAUACAAUAUGGCAGAGCAAGUCGACCUCACUACGAUUCCCAUUUCGCCCGAUGGCGAAAACAAGCCCGAUGGCGCCUCCAACGAGAAUGCCGAGGAGAAACUUGUCACCGUGUUCCACGACAAGGACAACUUCAACGUCAAGCACCCUCUGUCGAGUCGGUGGACGCUCUGGUUCACAAAGCCCGCUAGCGGAAAGGGUGACAACUGGAAUGAUUUGCUAAAGGAAGUCAUCACCUUUGAGUCGGUGGAGGAAUUUUGGGGUGUAUAUAACAACAUUGCCCCCGUCUCGGAACUUGCCCUCAAAUCGGAUUAUCACCUCUUCAAGGAAGGCGUGCGGCCAGAGUGGGAGGACCCGCAAAACAAGCACGGCGGCAAGUGGUCGUACCAGUUCAAGGAUAAGCGGUCGGUCAAUAUCGACGAGCUGUGGCUGCACACGAUGCUCGCCGCCAUCGGCGAGACGCUGGAAGACGAGGAUGACGGCGAGGUGAUGGGCGUGGUUGUCAACGUGCGCAAGGCGUUCUACCGUAUCGGCGUGUGGACCCGCACGAUGGGCCGCCACAUUCCCGGUCGCGGGGACGGCGACAUCGCCGGCGGCAAGGGCCGAUCGGCGGAGAAGGGCAAGGAGAUCCUGAUGGCUAUUGGCCGUCGGUUCAAGAACGUUCUCAAGCUGCCGCCCAACGAGGUGGUCGAGUUCUCGGGCCACACCGACAGCGCGCACAGCGGCAGCACACGCGCCAAGGCGAAGAUCGUGGUCUAAAAGUUUGUGUGCGCUCACAGGCUUCGACGCCUGUUCGCCCGGCCCACUUAGCCUUCCCGUUUUGAUGGCCUUGCGCCGUGCGCUCAGUCUGGAGAGCUAGAUGGGGUCAUUUGCGGCUUUAUCGCGAUGCACAGCAUGACAAUGGUCGUCAGGGGAUAGAUAUGAUGAGACAUACCGACAACAUAUUGCCUGGGUUCCUCUCGAGUACCUUGGUAGCCUGGGAGAGCCGCAGCGUUUACGGACGAAUGGGCGGAGAUCGUUUCUGACUGCAUCAUUUACAGUAUGAUCACUUAUCCGCGCCGCGCUCUCAAGUAUGGUAUCUUAUCUGCGAUGAAGCCUAGCAUAUAUCUGCUAGUUUACCUUAUGAGCACGCCAGUUCUGAUCUGAC